UUCUUACCGAGAGUGCACGCACGAUCGAUAUAGAUCGCUCAACGUAUUCGUUUUCGAAUCAUUCGUUUAAAAACGGGGUAGUUUUUAACAGUGGCGCAUUGUAGGGUUGGGACUUAUAAGAUAGUGUGGGACUCAGUGGCUUGUUUUAGUGGUUGUUGAUUAAUUCAGUGAGGACGUCUCUAAUUUAAGUAUAUUCAAAAAUGGCGGACUUCACAUUCGCCAACGCGACGCAGGAGAAUGCGUUCUCAGAGAUGGUCAGCGACCAUUUGAAGGGGAUCGGCAGAAUGUUCUACAUCCACUCCCCUAAAGACACUAUGUUUGAACGCAAGGAGGAUGUACCUAACUUUUUUAGACAAUCAUGGCCUUACUUCUUCCUGUUCAUGAUCUUGGAACACAUAGUCCUCAGGCUAGAGGGCAAACCAGGCAUUAGGCUCAACGAUGGUAUCACUAGCAUAUCCCAUGGAAUCCUCCAGGAGUGUGGAAGGUUGGUCUGGCGUGGUGCCGAGUCAUUUUUGUACACGUGGAUCUAUGCGAACUUUAGACUUGUGGAGCUGCCUUGGGACAGUGCUGUGACGUGGUAUGCUGCGGCAUUGGGAGUCGACUUCUGUUACUACUGGAUGCAUAGAGCUUGUCAUGAGGUCCACAUACUAUGGGCGCAGCAUCAAGUCCAUCAUACGUCUGAAGACUUCAACAUGGGCGUCGGUAUACGACAGUCGAUGCUGCAAGGAUGGUGUGGAUUUGCGUUCUACCUUCCACUGGCGCUGGUAAUUCCCCCAGCUCAGUUCGUGAUGCACCACCAGUUCAGCUACUUAUACAUGUUCUGGAUCCACACCGAAGCUAUCAAGAGCUUGGGACCUCUGGAGUACAUCCUCAACACUCCUAGCCAUCACAGAGUUCACCAUGGCAGCAACAAAUACUGUUUGGACGUCAACUACGGAGGAGUCCUCAUCAUCUGGGACCGUAUCUUCGGUACUUUUAGACCUGAGACUGACAAGAUUGAGAUCGUUUACGGUCUGAUCUACAACCAACCUUCUUUCAACCCCAUGUACUUACAGACAUUCUACAACAACUAUGUCGUUGAAAAGUUCCGUCGCAUGGACACCUGGGAGAACAAGAUAAAGGCCAUUGUCUGGGGACCUAGCUGGGAGCCUGGCACUGCUCGCCUGGGAGAUGAGGACAUGAAAUUAGAUAUUGAAAACAGAGACAAAUACGACGUGAACCUACCAGCUUGGUGCAACCUGUAUCUGGUAGCUCACUACGCCAUCGUGUUGUACGGAUUCUUCGAACUCGCUUCCAAAUAUAUGGGUAUGACGCCAGUCUCCGUACUGAUCUGUGUCUUCUACGUUAUCGCUUCCCUCACCAUCAUCGGAAUGUUGUUCGAUAACUCCAAGCACGCUUCUCUUUUGGAGGUCAUCAGAUGCUCAGCUCUGGCCUUCCUCAUCAGAAGUGUGGCGGUCACCAGCCCAGCGCUGGCCACUGCCCUCCAAACCUUCUAUGUAGCCUCAGCUAUGUUCUGGUGCUUGAACAUCCUGAAGUUCUUAGAAAUCAAGAAGACGAAGAAGGUGGAAUAAAGUCUGAUGUUCACGACUGAUUUUUGCGAUUUGAAUGUAAGAAAGACUAAAGCGAUGCAGAUGGUGGAUGGUUAUAAAUGGGAGAUGGUUUUAAAAGCAAAGAUUCAAAAGACUAGACCAGAAGAAGAUCAGACUUAAUUUGUUGUCUACUUUUAAUGACCUAAGCCGGGAUUAGGAGCCAUUUUAGAACUUAUUAUCAUAUUAAUAAUGAUGAAGAUGAUCUUUAUGUCUUUAGAGUUGAUAAUUGAUUGGCUUUUAAAACUGUAUUCUAUUCAUUUUCCAUCUAGAAGAGAAUGCUUGUGAUGUAGGAAAUAUUAUUUAAGUGCCUUUAAACGUACAAAUGAUGCAACUAUGAUUUAGCUGUAAGUAGUAAGAGAACAAUAUUUAUGUAUUGUAAUACAUUAGAACAAUAAUGUUAAUGCAAUAUGUCGUGUGGCCUAAGAGUUACUAUAGUAUAUUAUUCAAGUGAGUGACUCUUCUAGAUUAUUUCAAAGUUAUUAGUAUGUCGAUUAUUUUUGGAACAAACAGAUCAUACUUAUACUUGUAAAAUAAUGUCAGUCGAUAUUUCUAUUUUAGUUAAUUGACGUUUUUCUGGAAUAUCAAUAUUUCUAUUGAAAAAGUAAUCGGUUAUGUUAUUUUCUAAGUAAAUUAUUGCAUUAAUCAAAUGCGGUUCCGUUGAAACUCCAAAAGAAUGUUCUUUGAUUACAUAGCCAUUGAUUUAACUACAUAUAUUUUACACCGAUCAAUAGUGUUAAAAGAAACUUCGUAUAAUUUUGGCAACACAUUUCAUUGCCAAGAAAAUCUGAACGUAUUCUAGAACUGAUCACAUAAAUUACAUGCAAAAUGAAUAUUUCAUUCGCAUAAUGUACUGUUGCCUGCUUUUUAUUUAAUUAUGGAAAUGUAAGUUAACUGUAAGCACAUUAUAUAAAACAGACAGGCUUCUAAGAAGGUACUGAAAAACAACGCUAUUCUUUUUAGUACAAUUUCUUAGUAGAACUAUAGAAAAUGUAAUAUUUCUGUUUAUUACAACAUUUUAUUUACAAGUCAAAAUAGAUUUCCGUUCGUUAGUCUCGCUACACUUGAGAACGGCUGAGCCUAUUUGGCUGAUUUUCAUGUAUAUAAAUAACACUGAAUUUUCUUUCGUUAGUCUCCCUAUACUCGAGAACGGCUGAACCUAUUUGGGCUUGAAAUGUUCGUGGUACUCCAGAAAAGGUUUAAAAGGUGAGAUUUUU